GAAGAUCACGUGGGAAACUCAUUUGGAGUGCUUCGUCCAACCAAAACAGUACGGGCUCGCCACGCGCCUUCCUGUGACAGGUCCUCUCCCGCCACACUCUCUCUCCGUCUCGCCGCCUCCUUCCUCCUCCUCCUCCUCCUCCUUAUUUUUACAAAAUAUCCUUCCCCCCCCCUCUCUCUCUCUCCCCCCUCUCCCCUCUCGCCUUAAUCAUCCUCGACCAACACCCAACUGUUCUAUCCCUUGCCUUGCCUUGAAUUUUAUCCUUCCCCUCCAGUUCCGAGUUUCCCCCCCUUUUCUCUAUCCUGUCCAUUCGGUUGCGAGAAGGAGUUUGUGUUGUAUCGCAAGAAUUGUGUAAAGGCAUCCCUGGUUUUUGUUGCUUAUUUCAUGGGAUCAGAAGCUCCCGCUCUGGCGGCUGAGGAACUCAAUAUGUUAGAAGGAACGUCAAAAACCAGCUCUUGUCCUGGUAAAAAGAACCAAGGGAAAAUCCCCAAAAGAAUUCACAAGGCUGAAAGGGAGAAAAUGAAGCGUGAGCAUUUGAAUGAUCUCUUUCUUGAUCUUGCCAAUGCUCUUGAACUAGGUCAGCAAAACAAUGGAAAGGCAUCCAUAUUGUGUGAAGCCACGAAGCUGCUAAGGGACCUGCUUGGUCAGAUUGAGACCCUUAAGAAGGAGAACACUUCUCUGCUGUCUGAAUCACAUUAUGUGAUCAUGGAGAAAAAUGAGCUGAAGGAGGAAAAUUCUGCUCUAGAAACACAAAUUGAGGAACUUCAAGGCGAGAUAGGAGCACGAGUAGCACAAUCCAAACCUGACCUAAAUGCACCUCCUCCUAUGGAACUUGAGCCACCAGAGCAAACAGUCUUUUCCAGAGAGUGUCUGCAAUUGCCUUCUGUUGAUCCGUCACUGCAGCAAGGACCUGCUGUCUUAGUUGUCCCCUUCCGUCCUCACCUUCAGCCUUCUUUUCCCGCUCCAGUAGUCUCUGAGCUCACCUCAAACUCCAUUGUGAGCAAGCCUCAUGCUAGGUAUCCCACCCCUGCAGACUCAUGGCCAUCACAGCUGCUUGGAGAGCAACCAACAUCAAGCUAAAGGAAGUUUGAAUUAGCAAGAACACUCUGGAGCUUUCGUACAUAGAUUAUAUAGCGGAUGCCGUUAGUCCUACGUGGCACUCUCAGUAAUUGUCAGCUGCACCGGUAGAGCUGGUUCAUUUCUAAAUUAGCAAUAACAUUCCGGAGCCUUCGUACAUAGAUUAUGUAGUAGAUGUCUUUAGUCCUAUAUGGCACUCACUCAUUUAUUUAAUGAUGGAAUUAACUUUCGACU